AGCAAAACCCCUCACCCAAAAUGAAAUAAAAUUGAGAAACAACCAACACUUUGUUUCAUUCAACCAACACCUUCUUCAAUCAUGCAUGUUUGUUAGCUCUUACCAUAUUUAUUUUUUAAUCUUAUAAAAAAAUAGUUAGGAAGAAAAAGGUAAUUUUUUUCUUCUAUUCUCAACCAUACUAUAGUUAUUAUAUAUAAUUUCCAUACAACAUUUUCUUGUCCAUUACAUCAUCAUUUCUUUUCAUCUCGGUGAAGAAAAAAAAAUCAAGAAUCUUGAUGGGGUCUUUAGAAAGAUCAAAGAAAAAAGUUCAACUAUGGAAGAAAGCAAUUGUUCAUUUUCUUCUUUGUUUUGUUAUGGGAUUCUUUACUGGCUUUGCUCCAACAGGCAAAGGCAAUACAUCAUUGUUUCCCAAAACUCCUCAUGAGUCAAAUCAAACAUACCCUUCAUUAAACAUGUUCAAUAAACCUCUGUCAGAUGAAACAUCGUCAACAAUAACAACAACAACAACAACAAUAACAGUAUCAUCACAAUGGUCUAAGUUGAACGAGACGAGGGUCUCAAAAAAGGUGUUAGCAGAAGAAGAAGAGGAAGAACAACAAGAUCAAGAGCCGGAAGAGGCUACCGAUGAGUUCUUGGAACCCAGGAGGCUACUAAUAAUAGUCACACCAACGAGCGCGAAAGAUCAACAUAGAGGGGUGUUACUAAAGAGGCUAUCAAACACAUUGAGACUGAUUCCACAACCUGUUUUGUGGAUAGUUGUGGAACAACAAGUUGAGAAUUCAGAAGUAUCUGAAAUACUUAGAAAAACAGGCAUUAUGUAUAGACACUUGGUUUUCAAGGAGAAUUUCACUAACAUUCAUGAAGAAGUGGAUCAUCAAAGAAAUGUGGCACUUAAUCACAUUGAACAUCAUAGGUUAAGUGGGAUUGUUCAUUUUGCUAGCCUCUAUAAUGUCUAUGAUCUCACCUUCUUUGAUGAGCUUAGAGCUAUUGAGGGAUUUGGGACAUGGCCAAUGGCAUUAUUAUCAGCAAAUAAGAAGGAAGUGAUGAUAGAGGGACCAGUUUGUGAUUCAUCAGAAGUUAUGGGGUGGCAUUUGAAGAAAUCAUCAAACAAUUCAAUUACAGAUAAUAAUAAUGAAAGGCCUCCAAUAAUUAGGGUUUCAAAUUUUGCAUUUAAUAGUUCUAUUCUUUGGGAUCCUGAAAGAUGGGGUAGAACUUCUUCUAUUCAAGACACUUCUCAGGAUUCUUUGAAAUUUGUGAGAAAAGAGGUUCUUGAAGAUGAAACUAAAUUGAUGGGAAUUCCUCCAGAUGAUUGCUCCAAAAUUUUGCUAUGGAAUCUUCCACUUUCAACAUGAAUAUUAGUCAACAAUUCACUUGAUAAAAAAAAUAAAGGAGAAAAAAAUGAUAUGUUUUGCUAGGUAGAGGAAUAGAGCAAAAUAAUCUUGUAUUAUUUAUUUUUCUAUCCUUUUUUUCAAAAAAAAAAAAAAAAAAGAAGAAGAAGAAGAAGAAGAAAUUGUUUUUUUUUUCUUGUCCAUUACAAUUUUGUUUUAGAUGUGUAGAAAUACAUUUCAAUUGAAACAUCUCAGAUAAUUGUUUCUUUCUAAAUGAGUUGUGAUAAAUUGAAUAUUUGUUAUCUUGAUAAUU